CUGGUCUCGGACAAAGACAAACAAGGCGGUCAUUAUGACUGGGAGAUGUGGCGUCAAACUCGUGUGAUGGAAGGUUGAGUGUCGUCCACUCAUGCGCCAUGGACUACGCAACUAGGUGUUUUUGAAUUAUUUGUGUAAUGCCUCAGCCCUGUCACAGUAUGCUAUUUUUCUCUCGACAAUCUAGUAUCAGACUGUGUAGAUAGUUGCUUGCCACGUUCGUCCUAGCAUGGUGACACUUGGCGGCUCUACUUUCCUCCUCGUUUGCAGUGUGUCGAAGCAUGGCUUUUCCAGCUGCGUGAGGCCCUGACUCCUGCUUGAGUUCACACGGUCUUAUCUGAUUCAGAGAGGAGCGAAAUUUAGCGUAGGAAUGGACGUCUUAGCUGCAAGCUUCACACUUCACAUCCAAUAUCGUUGGGCGAGUCGGAGAUAUAAGACGUAGCAAACUGUGGUAAAAGUCGUCAUCGCUUUUCAGUUGGUUGCUGCUUCGGCGUUCGGAGGCCGAAUCAAUUUCGACCGUUGCCGCAAGUUCUUCCCUGGUAGCUAUCAUCUUCAUCAUUCCUGCUGCUGAACAAUGGAUCGCUCAGAAUCGAAACGUCCUAAGGAUAUUCUUUGUGACAGUACUACCGCCGACAGUGAGGUCCCGCAAGCUGCUGAAACUGCUUCUGCUGUUAGCCCAGACCCUGCCAAAGCUCCAGAAACGAAAGCCGGUGUAAGGCGUAAGAAGCGGCGAUUUAAGAGUUUCAACCAAUACAUGGUAUCGUUUGAUGGGUACUACACUCUUAAAGGUCAGUUGGGUGCUGGAGCUGGAUCAGAAGUCUUUAACUGUCAACAUAAGCGCAGUGGCAAGGAAUACGCAUGCAAAAUUGUGAAACUUGAUCCGGAUAGACCUAUGAUUAGAAAGAGCAUAUUGAAGGAAAUUGAGAUACUGUACAUAUGCCGACCCAACCCCCACAUUAUUGAUAUGGAGGAGUACUUUGAAGAAAACAACCAAUUCUAUUUGAUAUACCAGAAGAUGGAGGGUGGGCCUCUACUAGAGUACCUAUCACAAGAGAAACCUUUUUUCGAGACGGAGGUGCGUGAGAUCAUACUGGAGAUUGGCGAUGCCUUGCAGUUCCUGCACCGCAGAGGAAUAGCACACCGGGAUUUGAAACCUGCCAACAUUCUCUGUGAGCAAACGAUUAAGGUGACUCCGGUACGACUAUGUGAUUUUGAUCUCGGCAGUGCAGUGGGAGCAGCAGCGAAUAGAGUCACCACUCCAGAGUUGUUAACUCCCGUGGGAUCAUGUGAAUUUAUGGCACCGGAAGUUGUUGCUGCUUUCGCUGAUGAUGAUCUGUCAUACGACAAGAAAUGUGAUGUGUGGAGUUUUGGCGUUAUUGUAUACACCAUCCUGUGUGGGUAUCCACCGUUUCAAGGACACUGUGGUGCCUUUGACUGCAUGUGGGACGACGGCGGAGACUGCUUUGCGUGCCGUUCGGAGCUGCUGAGUAAGAUUGGCUCGGGUUCUUACGACUUUAACACCACAGCGUGGAAAACUGUCAGUGACGCGGCGAAAGAUUUAGUCACACGUCUGCUUGUGAAGGAUGUCCGUCGUCGUUACACAGUAGAUCAAAUGCUCGCACAUCCGUUUGUAACGAAUGAGGUUCUGUCAGCACGACCACUUGCUACUCCUUCUAUGUUACAGAGAAGUGGAAGCAGGGGAUCCAUUGACCUCUUUUCUGCCACUGUUGCAGCUUCUCUACGCUCAUUUGAGUCCGUGGAGAAACGUGUAGAAAGUGCUCCACAACCAGUUUUCAUUUGUCCUACCAUAUUACCUGAUCGUCUUCCAGAUUUAGAAUCUCUACAGUUAGGACCAACCGGAAACUCUGCCAUUGCAAAACGGCGCCUGUCCAGGGUUUCCUCUCCAUGCUCAGAGUCUGAGUGAUGAUGCAUUGGCUCCAGGCAUUAAUUUUGUGAAGUGUCUUCGGCAUUAGCUUGACUGUACAGCUAGUCUCUUUUGGGUAAUUGUCUGCAUUUCAUGUUGAUUUCUCUGCUCCUAUCCUAGAGUUCAUGUACUUUGCAAUACGCGGAGUCAUGCUAGCAAAUGGCCACUGUCAGCGUGCCAUAGCUCCUGGAGGACAGGGAGGGUAGUUGCCAGUGAGUGCCACAGAGUGCACGCUGUUUAUCACUAGACAAUGCAUGUGAAUGGUUUUAGUAUCCCUGUCAUUCUCGAACACUCUGCUCACAGAGGAACAAUAUUAUUGAGCUUGAGAAAAUUCAAAUUUGUUCCACGCAAUAGUAAUCGUCUUCUGGAAAUCACUCUCCGUUUACUUAUCAUUCCGUUACUAAUGUUAUUGCCUAUCGGACCUGCCUAUUGCAUUUUCUCUUGUAAGUUUUAGUUAUGGCUUGAAAGUCAUGAAGUCAA